AUGUCCUCGAUUGAUGCUGACUUUGAUCGUGCCGAUGAGCAUACACAUGAUGACCUUGAAUCAGAAGAGGAGCCUGACAGAGAAGAGAGUCAUGCCGACGAUGACCUGUCCGACGAUGACCGGCCAGGACGCUUCUACGGACCGGAUAGCAGCUGGAGAUUCUACACGCAAAAAGAGCGCGCUUUGGCGGCAAGUCUUGACCAGGCUGAAAACAAUGACCUGAGCAUCCAUCUCUACAAUGCCCAUGCUUGGAAGCAGCAACAACGCGAUGAGCAGCGCAUGGUCGAAGCCAGACCAUGGCAUAGUAAGCAGCAAUGGAUCAAACCAGACGAAGAGGGUAAGCUACCAUUUCUGCCGCCACAAGCAUGGACUGCGUGGCCACUCAGACCGGAGCAUGUUCCACGAAGCACAGAACAGUGGGGUGUUCCUGCCACAGCCGCAGAUGAAGACGCAGAUACGCUACGUGCACCCGAGUCCUGGAAGCCAAGCCUACACCUCCAGGAGGAAGUCAAGGCCACCAUCCUUCGACUAGCUAAGGAGAGGUUCCACGCGCGAGAGUGGGCUCAUGCACAUCAAACCGAGUUUGUCAAAGCCGAGCCGACCAAGAGGCCAAUGCGAUCGACCUCGAUCAAGCCGGAAUAUGACAGCGAUGAGCCACUGGAUGAUCUUGACAGACUUGAAAAAGAGCUGCAGCAAGAGGCUCCUCCGGAUCCUGGGGAGAGUAGCGAGCACUAUACUCCAAUGGUGCUCGAUGACGAAGAUGCCGCUAGCCGCAUCGUGCAGCCUUCAGUCCGGCACAUUCUUGGUAAGCUCGACAAUCUCUUUAUUGCGUUGCACAAGAGCCGUCGGGGCCAUCGCAAAGAGCCAGGCGGUUCUGGACGCCGCAGCAGGAGCUCUCGCUCUCAGUCGCAGGCCCGCGCUCGGCCUCAAAGCAGUGGUAAUGCGGCCAGGAAGCGGAAACGUGUCGUCUCUGAUCCGCAUCAGCAAGGAAACGACGGUGAGGUUGAGAUCAAGUUCUCUUCGGACGAUGGCGAAGAAGGAGAAAAGGUCUCACAUGGCAGCUCGAGCAAGUCUGCUCUCGGGACGCGCGACUGGAGUGAGAUUCUUGGAGUAGCAGCUCUUGUGGGAUUCGACCAGACUGUCAUCGAUCGUACUGCAAGGAGAUGCGCGACUCUGUUCCGCGAGGGCAUGACACUGCGGACGAUGCCAGAGGUGCUUGCGGGCACUGCUCACGAUCAUACCACGGACUACAUUCCCGACAUGGUCCCUCCAAUAGCGUCCGAAAGCGACGAAGACGAGCCAGACGAGCCCAUGGGAGACACCAUCCAUGUAUACGCCUGUCCAGAUGUAGACUGUGCGCGCCAUGACAGACCUUUCGAACAACGAUGGCGGCUGAGCGAGCAUCUGAAGCGCAAGCACGGACACACCGAUGAAGAGCUGGCAACAGAAACUCUAAAGCUAUCGCCAUCUGCCAGAACGUCACCCUCCAAUGAUUCAGAUGGUGACAACGACUCUUCGGCGUCUGCAGAAUUCGACAGCGGCGAGCGUGGGCCUAUACUCAACGGAUCGUCAGAUGGACGGGACGAGUUCUUGAAACCUAUCAGUGUCCAUAUUGGAAGAUCAAGAGACAAGCGUGCUAGGAAGGCGCGCAGUAGAUCUUCUGGCCCGAAUUCGAGAACUGGUCGUCGCAAUUCGAUAGUGGAUAUGAAGGGGGAAUAG